AGGACGGGGAUCCCGAGUGCUGCCUACGUUGCUUCUUCUGGGAGCUCUUCCACAGCUUGGAGACCACUGAGGAUGUGUGACCCCAACCAAGGCCGGCCACAACCACACCUUGCAGUGUGCCCUCCCGCCCCUGCAGGAUACCCUGGUCCUGGCACAGGUCCCUACCCUGGCGGCAUUGCAGUUUGCCCUGCUGCCCCUCCAGGACACCCUGGUCCUGGCACAGGUCCCUACCCUGGCGGCGUGGCAGUCUGCCCUGCUCCACCUGUCCAGCACCCCCAUGGGCACCCCCCAUCAGGGCAUCAUCCUCAUGGACACCAGGAGCACCAUAAGAAGCACCAUAAGAAGCACGAUAAGAAGCAUGAUAAGAAGAAGCAUGGCAAGCACCAUGAAGGCAAGCCCUCUGGCAGCUCAAGCAGCUCAAGCAGCAGCUCUGACUCUGACUAAAGGUCUGGCAUGUUCCACCUGCUCCGUGGUGAUCAGCAAAAGAUGAGGCCAAACUCCUCAUGGGAACCCCCUGCAUGUCAAUCCUCUCCCUCCCCCUUUCCCCUGGAGCAAUGUUUUGCCCGCUGAGUGAUUUUUCUUGUGUGCAAGAGUUUGUAAAUCCUUUGACCUGUAAUCUCCAAGUUAAUGGACAACAUUUCUACCCUUUAUCUUCCGGGAGAGCCUGCUGAAAGUCAUUACAUGUUGUUUUCCAAUCUGCUGGUGUCUGUGUGUUUUUUCCUGGGCAAUGAUGCUGGCUGCUAACAUUGAUCCCGUAAACCUCCUUACAUUUCGUGUGAGCUUUCCUAGGUGUAGCAGAGGGAGUGGCUGGGGGAUGCUGUAAUUAUGUGGGUUGCCAUCCUCCAUGCCAGGGUAAUAAUUUAUAGGAAAAAGCUCACCAUGGCAGAGGGAUUCUCCCAC